AUGAGGGUUGAUGAUUUUUUCAACCCUCAUGGAGAUGCAGACUUUGGCUACGAAUUUGAUCCUAAAUCAGGAUCCUAUUUUGAUGACCCCGAACCUGAUCCGGAAUCAGGAUCCUAUUUUGACGACCACGACCCCGACUCCAAUGAUGACCACGACCCCGAAUUUGUCUAUGAUUUAGACCUCGAUCCCGAUUUCGACUUCGACUCCAGCCCCGACUCAGGCUCAUAUCUCGAUCCAAAUUCCUACUCAACCUGUAUCCUAUGCAUCUUCCGCUGCACAGAUUAUGACUUCUCGACUAACAACCCUGACACAUGGACUAGAUUGCGCAUAUUGUGGUGA